CUCCUCUCCUCUCCUCUCAUCUCCUCUCCUCGAAGGGGAAAUUGGAUUCUGUCCAUGUCCAUAAUGAGGAGAUGUAGGAGAAUAAAUAGAUAGCUCAAUAAACACUUUGCCUCUUAUUGCUUCUCCUCCCCUUUACUCCCCAUCCCCUCCCUUCUUCUCACUGCGUUGCACUCCUCCUCCUCCUUCUCCUCCUCCUUGCUGCCCGUCGUUCUCCUUCUCUCUAAUCCUCCCUCACACACUCGUGCAGUUUGCCCAUGUCUGCGCAGCUCAGCGAAAAUGUUGUAGGUGCAAGUGUGUGAUCAGAAUGAGUGUGUUUUUUUUGCAUAGGUGUGUGUGUGUGGACCGUCUCAUGAAUAUUCUGUUUCAUCUGCUGAUGCUGUGACAAUGACAGAGUUAAUGACAGUGACAGAUGUAGAGAUCGUUUUCUACCGCUCCCCCUUGUGUGUGUGUGUGUGUGUGUGUGUUUGUGUUUGUUGUCUGUGUGUACGAUGAAGCAGGAACACCAGUAUACAUCAAAUAAACUACACAGCUAAUAUCAUAAAUAUCACCACUUUUCAAGGCACGGUUUCAUCGUUCCAGAAAUAAAUCCGCUCAGCGCACAGCGUGUUUCAUAACGCUGUGUCAGCUGCCGCGUGAUGUACCAAUCUAAACCGAAACAAUCCGUCUCCGUGCAGGUGAGGACAUGCUGACCUUUGACCUCCACAGUCUGGCGACGCUGGCGGCCGCCCGUGCCCUGGAGAUGGGGGGAGGGGUUGUGGGUUUGGGGGCGGACCAGCAGUGUCCAAUAAGGAAGAGGCUCAACCUGCGCAGGAAGUGCAGCUGGACUCCUCGUCACGAGCCGGUGUGCCCAGUGAAGGGCUCCAUGGAGACGAUGGGAGGGGAGGAGCUAGCCAUGCGUGUCCAGCUGGCUGAGCUACAGCGCCGAUACAAAGAGAAACAGAGAGAACUGGCCAAGCUACAGAGGAAACACGACCACCAAAAAGAGGAGACGUCUCGAAGCCCUGCCCGACGGGGGCCCGGCCGCCCCCGCAAGCGCAAGUCCACCCCCGGCCCAGCUGCUGCCGAGAGCUCCAAAAGAUUCAGAGCCGGGCUGAAUUUACUGGAGGAAAAAGCCAGGAAGAAACUGUCCAAUCACGGCUUCAACAGCCUCAGCACUGCACAGAUGAAAGCUCGCUGUAAGCACAGAGGCCGGCCCGGCGCCCUGAGCUCCAGGCUGGCCAGGCGGGUGACCCAGCUGAAGCAGAAGGCUGUGGCCCAGCGAGGUGCACCGUCGUCGGCAGACAUCCUGCACUGCAGAGGGGCCCCUGGUGAGGAAGGCGCCUCCAACAGUCACCGCAGACAAGGAAGAAAAGACCUGCAGCUGGACUGGGCAACUAGUCAGACUGCGAAGAGGAAGAGGGGUCGAAAGCCCAAAGAGCUGAUGGCCGUCAACACAAACAGAGCUCACCACCAGAUCGGCCGCUCCUCAGAGAAACAGGACGUUAGAGAAGAGAGGAGUGACAGCGAGAGCUCAGAGGGCGAGGAGGAGGACGACGACGGCGACGGCAGCUACGCCAGCGAAGAUGGAGCCGGUGACAUCAAGAUUAGCUCAUCCUCUAAAGAAGCUCCUGCAAACCCUGGCGGGAUUGUGCCCUUUUCAUCGCAGUCCUCCAUGCUCCAAGCAAACCAGAAAGCCAGGAGCAUGAGGAGCGUGCCCCGCGCAGAUCAGAGGAGAGUGCCCAGAAGGCCGAGCCUGGCCAACACAGAAAGGGGACAUCCAGUCCACCUAGGGACCAAAAGAGCGUCUCUGUCCAGCUGGGGGGUGUCGUCAGUGGGCUGCAGCUUUGGGGACGGCCAGGGGAACCAUGGCUCUAUGACAGAAGUAAGCAGGGCCAGCAAGGAAGCCAUGAGGAAGAGAUCAUCGGGACAGGGAAUUCUGGGAAAGGCCAAGGGCCACGCAGUGAGCCGGCUCCUGCAGAGCUUUGCAGCCGACGACGGCUUUCAGUUGGAUGAGGAAAGCAGCUUCUCUGAGGACGAGGAGGAGGAGGAGGACGAGGAGGAGGAGGAGGAGGAAGAGGAGGAGGAGGAGGAGGAGGAAGAAGGGGAAGAGGAGGAGGAGGAGGAGGAGAUGAAGUUGAUCCACCUCCCUCCCAACAUGCCAUGCAGAAUCCCUGCCCUGCCAAACUGUGUGCUGAGUAAAGAGAUGUUGGUGGACGGCCUGAAGAUCCUGAUCUCCAAGGAGGACGAGCUGCUGUAUGCCGCCUGUGUCCAAUCUCUGGACCUGCCUGACAUAUUCAGUGUUGUCAUCGAAGGAGAACGAGGGAAUCGCCCCCGGAUCUACUCGCUGGAGCAACUACUACAGGAAGCUGUGUUAGACGUGAGGCCCCAGAGCGAGGCCAUCCUGACUGCAGGGACGCGAGUGUGCGCGUACUGGAGCGAGCGCUCUCGCUGUCUUUACCCCGGAUACGUCCAUCGAGGAGGUCCAGGUGAGGAAGAGAAGGAGGGCAGUGUGAUGGUGGAGUUUGAUGAUGGAGACAGGGGUAGGAUCUCCCUCACAAACAUCCGGCUUCUGCCCCCAGGAUACCAAAUCUGCUGUGCGGAACCCUCUCCGGCUCUGCUGAUCUCACCAGGGCACCGCGGGAGACGAAGCUCCACCCAGGAGAGGAGAGACACACCCACAGAGAAACCAGCCAAUGAGGAGCCAGCAGGGAGGCCCCAAGAGAAAAGACCAGUUGGCAGGCCGAAGAAAGUCCUCUCUGUGCCUAAGACGGCCAGCACACCAACAUCAGUAACAGACACUUUAACCCAAGGCAACACUUCCUUGUUGGACUGGUCAGCUCCCAGGAAGAGACCGCCAGUUGACUUCUUCCUCUUCAACGGGACUUCUCGUAAGACCCAGAGGAGGAUACGAGAGCGAGACUUGGGGCUGUUUCAUCGACCCACCUCCCACCUCCUCGCUCCGCCGGUGCCUAUCAAAGGCAUCUUUGGCUCCCCUUUUGAAGGUGACUCAUUCAGUAGCAUUGCCAACAGCUACUCUACCUUCAGAAGUGGCGGAAGCUCUGGAGCGGGGCGACCGGUCGCCGCAGUAGCUUCCACGGUCCUACGGGACUCCUCGUCCUCCGUUUGCUCCUCAGCUGUCACCGUGGCAACGGUAGCUGGAAGUAAGAAGCCGGCGAGCGAACGCAACAGGAAACAGCUCCUGGUGAAGCUUGACCAUGAGGGAGUAACCUCCCCGAAAACAAAGAACGGCAAGGCCCUGCUACGACUCGGUGGAAGUGUAGGAAAGGGAGGCAAGAGUGUCUCCUCCGCUGGACCACCGCUGCGAUACAUCCACCCUACCCUGAUGGUGAAGGAUGGCAAGAAGGGAGGAGGGGAAAGAGACGCCGCUGGGACCCGUCCUGAGCCUACUGUAAAGGGCGCCCCACCUCCGAGAAAGGAUCGGCCGUCAGCAGGUCUUGGAGCCCAAGGUGGCGAUUAUAGUCUGGACUACCCGAGUGACUGCCCCAGCUCUUACUCUGAGCUGGAUGAGGACGAUGAGGAUGAUGGUCAGGAUGCCGACGCACCUCAAAGUAGUGCGGCGGACACGUCCCACCCCGGUGGCCGCUUUCUUUCCCGUCUUUCUCCCUGCUUCUCCUCAUCUUCCUCCUCCUCUUCCUCCUCCGGCUCCAUCUCGUCCUCGUCCCUCUGCUCGUCGGACAACGACUCCUCCUACUCCUCCGACGAAGAGUCCUCCUCUGUGCUGCUGCGCCGCGCGCUGCUCCAGCAGGACAAACGCAAGCACAGGCAGAACAUGACCUCCGACCUCCUGAGCCCCGACCCCACCAACUCCGGCUCCUCUCCUUCCGCGUCAGCCCCGGCACAUGGCUACGUGGCCAAAGCCGGCAUGGCCAUCUCGGGGUCAAAGGGAAGGGCUGACAGAACAGACGACAGGAAGGAGUUCAUGUCAAAAGGAAGUAUGACGGGUAACAGUGGCACAGCUAAGAACCAGCUGAAGAGGAAAGAAGGAAUUUCUAGCAGCCACCAUCAGAGGCAGAGCAGUCCCGUGAGCCAGCAGACCAAACCUGCAUCCAAGGACCCAGCAACAGCUAAGAGGCAACGGAUGUCCUCACCUGAGCCUCUGACCAAUAUGGGGAGCCCCCUUCUGCCUGGACGCCAGCUCUGGAAAUGGUCCGGCAACCCCACACAGAGGAGAGGUCUGAAGGGUAAAGCCCGCAAGCUUUUCUACAAGGCCAUCGUGAGGGGCAAGGAGACGGUGCAUGUCGGGGACUGUGCUGUGUUCCUGUCACCUGGCCGGCCCCAGCUGCCCUACGUGGGCAGAGUGGAGAGCCUCUGGGAGUCAUGGAGCUCCAGCAUGGUGGUCAGGGUCAAGUGGUUUUACCACCCGGAGGAGACUCGCCUGGGGAAGCGACACCGCGACGGCAAGAAUGCCCUGUAUCAGUCGAGCCACGAGGAUGAGAAUGACGUGCAGACAAUCUCCCAUCGCUGCCAGGUGCUCAGCAGGGCUGAGUAUGACCACCUGAUGCGCGAUCGUAAGCCUGGCAGUGCGGCAGACGACCUGUUCUACCUGGCGGGGACCUACGAACCGACCACGGGCCAGCUGAUCAGUGCGGACGGCAUGGCCAUCGUGUCCUAGAGCCACCACCAGCUGGAGAGAGAUCCAAAUAUUGAACGUGAACUCUGGAGAUGACUGCUUCCAGGAUGGUCCUUCAUAACGGAGCUGGGGACAGAGGGAAACCAAGACAAAGAGUUUUGACUCUGCGUAUUGAUCCGUCCCUUGUAAGAGAAGGAGCUAGGCCACUGGAUAAAUCCCGACAGUACCGGCACUUAUAGGAGCCCGGUAUGUUCUGGGGGAAAAAGUCUGAUCCAUGCCAGAUUUAACCUCUUUAUCAGAUGUGGACUGAGGCCUCUUGUUCGCAACGAGAGUCUACAGCAUUCCCUUUGGCUGAAAUAACAGAUUUUCUCGUCGCUGCGACAAGAUUACUGCAACAAAAGAGCAGGAACCAAGGACAUGAGCACUUUGGAGUAUAGUCGCUUGGAUAUGCUAUGGAGGGAGGGUGUCAGACUUGGCUUUCUGAAACAAAGACUGACUCAGAGAGUGGGAGAGAGACUGAAUGGUAAGCAGAGACUUACUGUAAACCACACUGGUUUGGAGGGUUUCAAUGGUCUUAUACUGGUAGUUUGACUAUGACAUCGUGAUUGGGAGAUCCCCAACAGGACCAAAAAAACAAAACACUGUAGUUCGGACUUUGUGUGUAAGUGCAUGUAUGUGUGUGUUUGCAGAGUGGCUGCGAUGACCCUGUUAGGCAUUUAAUGAGCUCUAAGUAAAUAGCGCUUUAACGUGCUUGCGUGUGUGUUUGUACCGUAUGUGUGGUCGUGCGCGUGUUCGACCCACGCUCAUCGAGCAGGGAGGACGUCACGACACACCGUCGGUAUGUCGGUAACACUCUGAAUAUUAAUCUCUCCUGUACUAAAACGUGCAGUUUUCAGCCGCGACUGAAACACAAAACGAUUUCUUCUCCUGUCAAGCCAUACACGUCAAUACCUCUCUCUCGUACCCUCGUAUUCGGGUGCGAAGACACAUGUACAGGUAAUUGGAUUGUUUAUUUGAAAUGUGAGUGCAUGGUGGUGUGCGUGCAGAUGGGCGUGUGUGUGUGUGUGUGUGUGUGUGUGUGCUUUGUACAGCAUCAUCAUGUAUAAUAUAACAUGUUGUAAAU